ACCGCCGGUUUAACUUUGCCGGCGGCUGCUGUAGCUCUACUUGGAAAAGCUGGAGCAACGGCUACAUUAAUCAUGGUGUUUAUGGCUGUCACAAGUGCCAUGUCUGCUCAAUUGAUUGCUGUGAGUUCAAUUAUCACUUAUGAUAUUUACAAAACCUAUUUCAAUCGAGACGCUAGUGGCAGAAAACUCAUCUAUAUCUCACAUGUUUCGGUAGUGGCUUUUGGUCUUCUCAUGAGUGGUUGGUCAACUGGACUAUAUUAUAUUAAUAUAAGUAUGGGCUAUUUAUAUUUAUUAAUGGGUGUAAUCAUUUCAAGUGCCGUCAUUCCUGGUGCUUUGACAUUACUGUGGAAUCGGCAAAGCAAAUGGGCGGCUUGUCUUUCGCCACCAUUAGGUCUGGCCUGUUCAAUCACCGCAUGGUUAGUCACAACCAAAGCUAAAUAUGGUUCAAUUACUGUUGAAACAAGCGGAUCAAAUAUUCCUAUGCUUGUCGGAAAUAUUGUUGCUUUGUGUAGUCCUAUUUUAUUCGUACCUAUUCUUUCGUUGAUUGUUCGUGAUAAAGUACCGUAUGAUUUCAGUUCGAUGAAAGAAAUAAAACGUGAUAUUGAAGACUCGAAAACUACUCCAAAUUUGACUGAAGAAGAAAUUGAACAUGAAGUAAAUUUACUAACAAGAAAUUUGAAUAUUGCACGAAUUACAGCAAUCGUUCUUACAUUAUGUUUAAUCAUACUUUGGCCAUGGCCUAUGUAUGGAACAGCUUAUGUUUUUAGCAAAUCGUUUUUUACUGGUUGGGUUAUCGUUGGAAUUAUUUGGAUAUUUAUAUCAUUUUUCAUUGUUGGUAUUUAUCCACUUGUCGAAGGUCGUCAUUCAAUUGUAUAUGUUACUAAAAAGAUGUUUGAAGAUUUGAUGAUCUGCCGAAGGCAUGCUAGUGAAGAUAUACACAUGAAUGGUGUAACAAUGAAAGAAAGCGAGAAUUCUUUGGAAAAUAGUCUAGUAGUAUUUUUCUAA